AUGCCACCCAAUUCUGUUGAUAGCUCGAAAUCCCGUUUCUUUGGCGUUUAUCUGCUGUGCAGCCAUAGUUUGGAAAAACGUUAUAGUGGCAAAUGUUAUAUUGGUUUUACGGUAAAUCCAAAUCGUCGCAUUAAACAACAUAAUCGUGGUAAAGAUUUUGGAGGUGCAAAAAAGACCAGCAAUAAAGGUCCAUGGAAAAUGGUAAUGAUUGUACAUGGAUUUCCCAAUAAUAUAUCAGCAUUGCAGUUUGAAUGGGCAUGGCAACAACCUUCAUUGUCUUCACGUUUAAAAGUCUAUCCCGAAUUAAAACGUAAACUCCCCAAGGAAACAUAUUUUCAAUAUAAUUUUCGUAUUUUAAGCCGAAUGUUGAAUACUGGACCAUGGAAAAGACUUCCAUUAAUUAUUCAAUGGCUAGAGGAUGAGUAUGAAUGUGAAUUUGAUGUAAGUAUAAAAAAGCCACCCAAUCACAUGGAAAUUCGUAAUGGUAAAAUAGCAUUGGAACUAAGGAAACAAAGUAAAAAACAUCAGGAAUCUCAACCCAAAGCCAUAUGGGCACCAGAAUGUCAUUUGUGCAUGCAACCCAUACGAGAUGCUGAAAGAUCCCGAAUUGGAUGUUUAAAUAAUCUCUGUAAACUUACUUGCCACAUAAUUUGUUUGGCCAAUCAUAUGCUGUCGGCAGAUCCAAAACAAAAGGGCCAUUAUAUACCAAUUGCAGGAGAGUGUCCAUUGUGUGAAACUCAAUUUUUAUGGAUAGAUUUAUUGCAACGUAAGAGGAAAAUGCAGGGCAUUUCUUUUGAAGAAGAUGAUGACGACGAUGAUGAUGAUGUUUGCAUGGAUGAGGAGGGGAACGAUGACAGUGAUAUUGAAAUACUAAGUGGAAGUGAUGAGGAAAAAGUGGAAUUGCAUGAUAAUGUUAGUUUUUAA